AUGGUGGGAGCAGCAGCUGCAGCAGCUCCAGGCGGCCGCGCCUCAACUAUGGAGACCGCAGUACAGCAGCGCAUAGCAGCAGCAGCAGCAGCAGCACCGCGCGAAGUCCCCGCAGCCCCCGCAGCAGCAGCAGCAGCAACAGCAGCAGCAGCAGCAGCAGGGAUCUGCGUGUCGAUUCCUUCUUACUUGGUGGUUUCUCCGAACUCUUUUUCCGCCCACGUGACUUACAGAAUCCGGCUCACUGCGUUGGGGUGUACGUACACCGCAGAGCGCCGCUUCCGGGACUUUGUGGCUCUCAACGACUCUUUGCUUUCACUUUUGAACUCGAGCAGCAAAUCCAGAAGCAGCAGGCCUUCUCUGGCCAACGAGCAGCAGCAGCAGCAGCAGCAGCGGCAGCAGCAGGCGUUGGAGGAGGGGCCUGCGGUGUGCCGGUUCGUGUCGUUUUUGCGCGACAACUAUGAUCAGGACGACGCAGCAGCAGCAGCAGCAGCAGCAGCAGGUGCCGCUGGAGGAGGCUCCGCUGACUGCAGCUCGGCCCUGGCUGCACCCCCUGCAGCAGCAGCAGCAGCAGAUGCUGCUGCUGCUGCUGCUGUUUCUUUUCCUCUGUUCGAAGUGUCGUUGCUGCUGCGGCUGCUCGACUGCAGCAGCAGCUUCUUGUGUCUGUACACCUCAGCAGCACCGCAGCAGCUGCUGCAGUUCUUCAGAGAGGAAGAAGGAGCAGCGCGGCUGCUGGGCCUUUUGAAGUUUGCUGCUGAACUCACCGCCACAUACCCGCAGCAGCAGCAGCAGCAGCAGCAGCAGUGGGAGAGGGCAGCUCCAGCAGCUGCUGCUGCUGACCCGCUGCAGGGGGAGCCCUUUGAGGGGUCGGAGUGCAGCAGCUGCAGCAGCGAAGAGGCAGCAGCUGCUGCUGCUUCUCCAGAUGCUGCUGCUGCUGCUGCUGCUGGCUCGGGGCUGGAAGCAGCAGCGCGUCGCCUGCUGCUAUUGGCUGCUCCUCUAGUCUGCAACUCGCCGUCCUCCUCUCUUAGCUGCAUGCAGCCGGCAGCAGCAGCAGCAGCAGCAGCAGGAACAGCAGCAGCAGCAGCAAGCCGCUGCUGCUUGCUGUGCGUGAGCAGCAGAUUGCACAUAAUGGCAGCACGGCUAAUGUUUGAGAGCCUCUUAAGAAGAACUGACAUGCAGGAGGCUGUGAGUUUGCCACGUUCUGCUGGCUUGGAGCUGCUGAUGGUCCUCUAUGGUUCUCCUUUUUCUUCUGCCCAGCUGCUUGCUGCUCUGUGUCUGGCCGUGCUGCUGCAGCAGCGCUGCUUCAGCGAACAGCAGCAGCAGCAGCAGCAGCAGCUGCAGCAGCAGCAGCUGCUGCAGCAGUUUCAUAGGGCUGGAUGCCUCAGCAGCCCCACAGCAGGGCGCCUCUCUCCGGGCUUCUGCUGUCAGCAGCAGCAGCAGCAGCAGCAGCAAGAACUGAGUCCCCACGGCCUCUCGCAGCAGCAUGAGCAAGAGCAGCACGAGCAGCAGCAGCAGCCCGAGCAGCAGCAGCAGCAGCGCGGCUGCUCGCCGGCCAUGAAGGCUGCUGCUGCUGCUGCUUCUUUUUCAAAACCCCUUUUCAUAAAGGAGCAGCAGCAAAGAGAAAGGGCGCUUUUGGCUGUGGGGUCUUUGCUGCUGCGCCUUAUUGCUUCGGCUUUGGGGCCCCACAGCAGCAGCAGCCAGCUGACGGGCGGCCUGAUUGAGCAGCAGCUGCUGCGCUAUUUGCUGCAGCAGGAGACUUUGGGGGGGUUGUUUGGUUUGCUGCUGCGGUGCGCUGCAGCAGGAGGCGGUGGCAGCGCUGCUGCUGCUGCUGCUGCUGCUGCUGAGGUGGACGUACACCCGGGAGGCGCAGCGGCAGCUGACUGUACACCUGAACACAGCAGCAGCAGAGAGAGCGACAGAAAUGAACUUUUGUUUUUUGUCUGCUGGCUGAUUGCUGCUGCUGCAGCAAACAAUUGCUGCUGCUUCCAGCAGCAGAAACAGCGCCUGCUGCAGCAGCGGCAGCAAUCUCGCGUGCUGCAGAGGCUGAGGGCCGCAGCAGCAGCAGCAGCAGCAGACGCAGCAGCGGCAGUAGCGCCAGAAGCAGCAGCAGCAGCACGGGAGGAAGGCUACAGACUCCUGUCUUCGCUCACCGACAGUCCUUCGGACUCUCCAGAGCAGCAGCAGCAGCCGCAGCAGCAGCAGCAGCAGCAGCAAGAUAUGUUGGGAGACGAGAGGGAGCCAGAUUGCAGCGAUCUGGAGACAGAGCCAGAUGCUUUUUCUCUCUUCAAGACAAGAGACUCCUGCAGCAGCAAAGGCCCUUCUGAUUUGCUGCAGCAGGUGGCCAGGCACCGCUCGCUGAUGCUGCUGCUGCUGCUGCUGCUGCAGCAGCAAAGCUGCAGCCCAGCAGUCAAAAGGCUCUGCGCGUUCAUCUUGCUGCUGUGCCCCAUAUGGGGCGCCGAGGGGCAUCUGCUUCUGCAGCAGCAGGAGCUGCAGCAGCAGCAGCAGCAGCAACAGCAGCAGCAGCAGCAGCAGCAGCAGCAGCAUGGCGAAUUCAAAGGCGUCUCAGAGGAGCAGCACAACCUGCUGCGGCAGUCUGAAAGGGACAAAGAGCCCGCAGACAGGGAUGAGGCAGACCAGCGCUUACUGCUGCUGCUGCUGGAACAGCAGCAGCAACAGCAGCAGCAGCAGCAAGAACAGCAGCAGCAAGCGGGGGAAGGUGCUAAGGCCCUGCAGCUGCCUUCGGACGCCCAGCAGCUGCAGCAUCAGCUGCUGGAGGCCCAGCAGCUGCUGCUGGAGCUGCUGACAGAGGAGACGGCCAACUUGCAGCAGCAGCUGCUGCAGCAGCAGCAGCUGCUGCAGCAGCAACUGCGUGUGGGGCUGCAGCGAGGCAUUUACCUUCCCCCUAAAUUCCUGCAGCAGCUUUCAGCUUUUACUGUUGGCCAUCAGCAGCAGCAGCAGCAGUUGUGGCAGCAGCAGCACGGAGACACGCAGCGGGUUGCGCCUGCUGCUGCUGCUGCUGCUGCUGUUGCUGCUGACUGUGCUGUUGGAGAAACUGGAGAACCAGCAGCAGCGGCAGCAGCAGCAGCAGCAGAUAGUGGGCUGGAGAGCACAGUGCGGGGGUGCAGUUUGCUGCUGCAGCAAGCAGCAGCAGCAUGUGGGGCCCUCAACAGUUGUCGGCUGCUGCUGCAGCAGCAGCUCAUAAAGCACUGUGCUGCAGUGGAGCUGUUUGCUUCUCAAAUAGAAGCGCUACAACUGGCGCUGCUGCAGCUGCAGCAGCAGCUAGGCCCCGAGCUGCAGCAGCCGCUGGCAGAUGGGGCCUCUUUGGCUGCGCGAGAAGCAGCAGCAGAAGGGGAGCUGGCAGCAGCAGCAGCAGCAGCAGCACAGGGAGACCAUGAGCUGCAGCAGCAGCAGCAGCUGAUGCUGCAGGCGCAGCAGCAGCAGCAAAAGGAACUGAGAAGGAGAGACGCACUGCAACAAAAGGCAGCAAAAAUCAACAGGGAGCUAAACCAACAUCAGAGGGACUUAGCAGCAGCUCCAGACCGCCGCCGCCAGCUGUAUGGACAGCUGACCUAUCGGCAGCAGCUGCUGCAGCACCUGCAGUGUCUGCAGCAGCGGGAGCAGCAGCGGCUGCAGGAGACGCAGCAGCAGCUGCAGCAAGCAAAGAGAGAUCAGCAAAUCCACGAGGCUCUCGUGCUAGCAGACACAGCAGCACAGGCAGUGGAGAGCGCCCUCAGCGACAGCAGGAGCAGCAGCAGCAGCAGCAGCAGUAGCUCGCGACUAAAAGUGUCUCUUGCUUUAUCUGCUGUUAGAGAUAUGACUGAGAGUUUAAUAACGAAAGAAAUAAAGACACAGGUAGACGAAUUUGCUGCUGCAGUUCAGAGCAAACCAGAGCAGCAGCAGCAGCAGCAGCAGCAGACGUCAGCCCUAGAAAGCCUCCUGCGAGUUAUUAGGCAGCAGCAACAGCACUUGCUGCUGCUGCUGCAGCAGCAGCAGCAGCACCAGCAAACGGCAGCAGCACCGGAGCCUUCCGGGCAUGCAAGUGUUGCUGCACCCGCAGCGGCCCCUCUAGAAGCAACAGCAGCAGCAGCAGCAGCAGCUGCUGCUGCUGCUGCAGCUGCUACUGAGUCUCCCGCAGGAGGGACGUCACCUGCUGCUGCUGCUGCCUCAGCAGCAACAGCAGCAGCAGCAGCAGCAGCAGCAGCAGCACGGGCGCAGCGUCUGCAAGGCUCCUUAGUUGAGAUUGAAGGGGCCUGCAGCCAAGCAGCAAUGAAUGUGCAGCGGCAGCAGCAGCAAAUCAAGCGGACUGAGCUGCUGCUGCAGCAGCAAACGAACACAGAGCAGCUGCAAGAAAGAGUAGAUGCACUAACUGGCGAACUCAAAAGGUCUGAGAGCGAGCUGGAAGACUGCGAGCUGCUGCUGCAGCAGCAGCGGGAGCAGCAGCAGUCGCUGCAGGUUUUGGUGGUGAGCUUGUCUCAGCAGCAGCAGCAGCUACAGCAGCAGGAGCAGCAGCAGCAAAAGGCGCUGCAGCAGGUGCAGCAGGAAACAACGCGCAACCGCGAAAGGAUCGACUCGUUGCUGCUGCAGACACGCGAGCUGCUGCUGCUGCAGUGGGGCCGCGUGCUGCUGCUGCAGCAAGACCAGCUAAAUAUACAUAAAACAAAUAAAAAGACCAGCAGAUUAAUAAAGAAGGAGCAGCAAACGCGGCUGCUGCUGCAGCAGCAACUCCGACACUCAGCAGCAGCAGCUCAAGUCUGCCUCACGCAGGUCCAGCAAAUACUCUAA